UCGGGGACGGAGCAGGGAGGGGACUCUCGGGCACCUGCAAGGCCCCACUGAGCGCCCUCCACGAGCUCCCUGCCGGCGACAGCUUGCGGGGGACACUGUCCCAGCCUGGGGUGCCCAAGGCCAGUGGGUGAAGAGGAAGGAGGAUGGGGGCCAAGCAGUCAAGGGCUCCCUGCAGGGACAAGGGCCCCCCGAGGAUGGUGCUCCUGCGCGGGAGGCAGCCCUUCGCCCCGUGGGACGACAGCCUGCUCCCGGGCAAGGACCCCCGGGCCCUGCUGAAGCGGGGCAUGCGCCACGUCAGCUUCAGCCUGGUCACCAAGGGAAUGACGGACGUCCCCGACUUCCUGUGGGGCUUGUCCGAGGUGCAGAAACUCAACCUGUCUCACAACCAGCUCAGGGCCGUGCCGGCCGACGUGGGGAAGCUGAGCCGGCUGGUGGUCCUGAACCUCUGUGGGAACCGCCUGCGGAGCCUGCCCCGGGAAAUCAGCGUCCUCCAGAGCCUCAAGGUCCUGUUCGUGAACAUGAACUGCCUGACCGAGCUGCCCGCCGAGCUGAGCGCCUGCAGGAGCCUGGAGGUCCUGAGCCUGUCCCACAACUGCCUCUCCCAGCUCCCCGCCAGCCUCGCCGACCUCUCCAGGCUGCGGAAGCUCAACCUCAGCAACAACUAUUUUGCUCACAUCCCCAUCUGCGUGUUCGCGCUGAAGGAGCUGGAUUUCCUGCACGUGGGUUCCAACCGCCUGGAAAACAUCGCCGAGAGCAUUCAGUGCCUGGUGGGCCUGCAGAUCUUCAUCGCCGAGAGCAACAACAUCCACUCCUUCCCACGGUCGCUCUGCCUGCUGACCAGCCUGGAGCUGCUGAACCUGAACAACAACGACAUCCAGACCCUGCCGGACGAGCUCUACCUGCUGUGGAGACUGGGGCGGAUUGCCUGGAACCCCAUGGACAAGGGGCUCCACAUUUCCCAUAACCCGCUUUCCAAGCCUCUGCCGGAGCUGGUGGAGGGGGGGCUGGACAUGCUCUUCAGUUACCUGAAGGACAAAAAGCACCACUGACUGGGCCCCAGGGGUGCAGCCGGCGCCGGCUCGUGGACACCUGUCGGCUGGGUACCGCUCCAGCCUCAGCUUUCUGCUCUUACUGUUCAUGUUGGUUAGCGCUUGUGUCCGUAUUUGCCGAAUGGUAUUGAGCACUCAUUCUACGGAGGUGUUUGCUUUUACCUCUGUACGUGUCUAAGAAGCCCCAUGAUGUGUGAUGUUCAUCUCAUCCCAAACAUGUCUUUGGUUUUCUCCAAAGAGAAACCAUUCCAAUUCUUUCAAGGAGCAGUGGGAGUCAGCCCUUGGGAUAGUUGACAGCAGGUCCGAUUCAAUGGGACUCAGAAGUCAGAUAUUUGCUAAGUAUGUGCCGUGGGCCAAGGGUGGCAUGAGACACUGACACCAUCUGGUUUCAACCCUUGAAUUGGCAGCCUGCAGUCAGGGCGCAGCCCCGAGACAUGCUCCUGCAUCAGCCUCCAUCAAGCAUCACUGAGGACCAAAGAGCAAGCUAGAGCCCUGCUCUGCUGGCAACGACCAGGUCAACCAGAGCUUCCCCCCCCCCGAGUUCUGGGGGAACAAUCAUAAGAAAUGUGCCUCUAAAAUGACCGUAGAGUAACAAUCGAGCUGCUCAUGUUUACGUCUGCUGGUGAGUGACGGGAAUAGCAUGAUGGCUUUUGGAUAAUAAAUACAAACCAAUUUUAACACAGUUUCAACCUUCUUUCCCGAUCCUCUGGCACCCCGUUACACCCCUCUGCUUUUCUAGAGACACCAGAUGAUGGUUAAAUCAUCCAAUUCUAAUUUCUCUUCUCCCUUACUAGAUUUGCCCUCUCAGGGGUGAGCUAAUAAUUGCGGGAGAAAAUUAUCAAAUGGCAGGAAAGAGGAGGUGAG